GUGGUAGAGCGAAGUUCUUGGGCAGCGCUCCGUUCCCGCCAGGGCGCCCUCCCCCUUCGGGAGCCUGGGUCCCCAGUGGCCGCGGCGGCUGGACCUCAGGCCAGGCCGCGGGGGGAGGGGGCGGCCUGGAGGCAGUGGCGGGGUGAGCCGGGCCACUGAAAGCGGGGCCAUGGAGCCCAGGGAGUCGGGGAAGGCUCCUGUGACGUUUGAUGACAUCACAGUAUACUUGCUCCAGGAGGAAUGGAUGCUGCUGAGUCAACAGCAGAAGGAGAUCUGUGGUUCUGACAAGCUGGUGGCACCACUGGGACCAACUGUUGCUAAUCCUGAGCUGUUCUAUAAGUUUGGGCAAGGACCAGAGCCAUGGCUAGGCAAUGUCCAGGACCAGAGGAGUCUCCUGGACCAUCACCCAGGAAAAAACCAGAUGGGCUACUUGGAAGAAAUGGAUGUGCAAGUUCCUGCCAGGGAGAGUAGACGAUACCUCCCGCCUCAGAAGAAAGCCUGCCUUUCCCACUUCAGUACGGACAGUGGCAACAUCGAGGGAGACUGGACAGGAAGAAGCAAGAAACUCCUAAAGCCCCGGUCUAUCCAGAAGUCGUGGUUUGCGCAGUUUCCAUGGUUGAUCAUGAACGAGGAACAGACGGCUCUGUUUUGCUUUGCUUGCCGGGAAUACCCAUCUGUCAGGGACAAACGGUCAAGAUUAAUAGAAGGUUAUACAGGACCAUUCAAGGUGGAGACUCUCAAAUACCAUGCCAAGAGUAAAGCGCACCUGUUCUGUGUCAGUGCCUUGGCAGCAAAGGACCCUGUUUGGGCAGCCCGUUUCCAGAGCAUCAGAGACCCACCUGGAGAUGGACUGGCCAGCCCAGAGCACCUCUUCACUGCAGAUUAUCCCAUGUUCUACACCCCAGGGCCUCUGGGAGAUUUUGGUAGCAUGGCUGAGCUCCUGCCAACCUCAAGAGGUGAACUAGAGGACCCUGGGGGGAAUGGAAAAAUUCCUGCCUUGUAUCUAGACUGCGUUUCAAAUUUGAGGCAAAAAGAAAUCACUGAUGACAUCAACAACUCUUCAAACAUUAAUGUUUUAUGUAAUGAUGCUGUUGAAUCCUGCAGUAAGGACCUUUCUGAAGAGGGGCUGUUGGAGGAGGUCCCUGUGGUGUUAGAGGAGCUGCCGGCGGUAUUUGAGGAUGUGGCGGUGUAUUUCACCCGGGAGGAGUGGGGCAUGCUAGACAAGCGGCAGAAGGAGCUGUACAGAGACGUGAUGCGCCUGAAUUACGAGCUCUUGGCAUCCCUGGGGCCUGCGGCUGCCAAACCAGACUUGAUCUCCAAACUGGAACGGAGAGCUGCGCCCUGGAUCAAGGACCCGAACGGGCCAAAGUGGGGGAAGGGUGGUCCUCCAGGGAAAAAGAAGAUGGUGGCUGUUGGAGAGGUAGACACACAGGCCUCGGCUGUAGACUCUGCACUGCUUCCAGCUCCUUCUUUGGAGAUGUGUACCUCCUACUGCGGCUCCAGCAUCUGUGAAGUAGAAGUAGACGGGCCUAGGAAAAUCAAGAGGACUUACAGACCCCGUUCGAUUCAGAGGUCGUGGUUUGGGCAGUUCCCAUGGUUAGUAAUUGACCCAAAAGAGACGAAGCUCUUCUGCUCAGCUUGCAAAGAAAGACCUAAUCUCCAUGACAAAUCAUCUCGUUUAGUCAGAGGUUACACUGGGCCUUUUAAAGUGGAGACUUUAAAAUACCAUGAAGUCAGCAAAGCACACAGGCUCUGUGUCAACACUGUUGAAAUCAAAGAAGACAAUCCCCAGACCGCCCUGGUCCCAGAGAUCUCCAGCGACCUCAUGGCGAACAUGGAGCACUUUUUCAAUGCCGCCUAUUCCAUCGCUUACCACUCAAGGCCCCUGAAUGACUUUGAGAAAAUCCUGCAGCUCCUCCAAAGCACUGGGACCGUGAUUUUAGGCAAGUACCGAAACCGCACCGCAUGCACUCAGUUCAUCAAGUACAUCUCCGAGACUCUGAAGAAGCAGAUCCUUGACGAUGUCCGGAACUCCCCCUGUGUGAGCGUCUUGUUGGACAGCUCCACUGACGCCUCUGACCAAGCCUGCGUGGGGAUUUAUGUCCGCUACUUGAAGCAGUUGGAGGUGAAGGAGUCAUACAUCACCCUGGCCCCACUCUACAGCGAGACAGCGGACGGGUACUUUGAGACCAUUGUUUCUGCCCUGGAUGAGCUAGACAUCCCUUUCCGGAAGCCUGGCUGGGUGGUGGGCCUGGGAACAGAUGGCUCAGCCAUGCUGAGCUGCAGAGGAGGCCUUGUGGACAAGUUCCAGGAGGUUAUCCCCCAGCUGCUGCCGGUCCACUGUGUGGCCCACCGGCUGCACCUGGCCGUGGUGGACGCAUGUGGAAACAUCGAUCUGGUGAGGAAGUGCGACCGGCACAUCCGUACCGUCUUCAAGUUUUAUCAAUCCUCAAACAAGAGGCUGAACGAGCUGCAGGAAGGUGCAGCUCCACUGGAGCAGGAAAUCACCCGCCUGAAGGACUUGAACGCUGUCAGGUGGGUGGCCAGUAAGAGGCGCACACUAAACGCACUCCUCGUGAGCUGGCCGGCCCUCACUCGGCACCUCCAGAGCGUGGCAGAGGCUGGGGGCCAGGUUGGGCACAGGGCCAAGGGCCUGCUGAAGCUGAUGAAGGCCUUCCACUUCAUCAAGUUCUGCCACUUCCUUUUAGACUUCCUGAGCAUCUACAGGCCCUUGUCUGAGGUGUGCCAGAAGGAGAUCGUGCUGGUUACAGAGGUGAAUGCCACGCUGGGCCGAGCCUACGUAGCACUGAAGACCCUGUGUCACCAGGCAGGGCCCAAAGAGGAAGAGUUCAAUGCCAGCUUCAAGGAUGGGCAGCUCCAUGGCAUCUCCUUGGACAGACUGGAGCUGGCAGAACAGCGGUUCCAGGCAGACAGGGAGAGAACAGUCCUGACCGGGAUUGAGUACCUCCAGCAGAGGUUUGACGCAGACCGUCCCCCACAGCUCAAGAACAUGGAGGUGUUUGACACCAUGGCCUGGCCAAGUGGGCUUGAACUUGCCACUUUUGGGAAUGAUGAUAUUCUCACCCUUGCCAGGUAUUUCGAGCUCGCUCUCCCUGGAGGAUACAGUGAAGAAGCUCUGCUGGAGGAGUGGCUGGGCCUGAAAACCAAUGCCCAGAACCUGCCGUUCUCCAUGCUGUGUAAAAAUGCCUUGGCCCAGCACUACCGCUUCCCCUUGUUGAGCAAGCUCAUGGCCGUGGUAGUCUGUGUGCCCAUCUCCACGUCCUGCUGCGAGCGGGGGUUUAAGGCCAUGAACCGCAUCAGGACCGAUGAGAGGACCAAGCUCUCCAAUGAGGUGCUCAACAUGCUCAUGAUGACAGCUGUGAAUGGCGUGGCAGUCACAGAGUACGACCCCCAGCCCGCCAUCCAGCACUGGUACCUGACCUCCUCAGGCCGACGUUUCAGCCACGUCUACGCCUGUGCCCAGGUGCCAGCCCGCUCCCAUGAGAGUGCGGGGCUCAGGAAGGAGGAGCUGGGCGCCCCCUGUGUGGAGGGGUCUGGGACCCAGGAGCCACCCAUGCUACCCUCCAGGGAGGCGGUGGAGGUUUGGAAGGACUGCAUCCCAGAGCCUUCCGGGAGACUCCUGCAGCCCAGCACCAGCCGGGGGGCCGCCGGCAUGUCCUGAGGGAGAGGGAUCCUUGCCUUGGAGAUGCCCCUGUGGUCAUGGGGCCAGCCGUCUGCAGAUGCUAGGCUGCCCUAGAGUCUUCCUUUCAUGGGGACGCUCUCUAAGCACCAAAAGUGGGCAGUGACAAGGUAGUCCGAGGUCACAUCCCAGAGAGGCAAGGGAGGAGCACAGCCCAUUUCCCAAGGCCCCUCCAAGCACAGCAAUGCCUCACAGCACGUAAAUGUGCUAAAAGGUUCUUAUCUCAAGUUCAUUUUUAAGGUGCUCCAGGAAAUAAUCCCAUCAUGAAAGAUUUCACCCCCGUUCUGGUGGCGAGAGGACUUUUCUGAAGUGGGAGAGACUGUUGAGGUAGGGGCUUAAAGCGGCACCCAGCCCUCUGGACAGCCCUGGGGAGCAUUCCAGGGAGGCUGCCCACAGCCUUAGUGGCAAGGGGGAAAGGCCACUUUGUUAGGGGUAGAGGGCAGCCCCGUUCUAGGGACAGCUGGCCUGGCUGCAAGAGCUCCUAGGAGUCUUGUUCUGGGGCCUCUCACCCUGGCUCCUGUAGCCCAGGUGGGGAUCUUGCAUCAGAGAAUUCCUCCAUCUCCUCCCAGGGCUUCCUUUAG